GACGCAUUUUCCGCCAAGAUGGUCGUCGGUGCCUUUCCGAUUGCAAAGCUGCUCUAUCUAGGCGUACGACAACUGAGCAAACCAGUGGCUAACAGAAUAAAAGCAGGCGCGCGGAGAAGUGAAUUCUUUAAGAAUUAUAUUUGCCUUCCUCCGGCCCAAGCGUAUCACUGGAUCGAGAUGAGAUCAAAGAUGAAAAUUAUGGGUUUCCGUGGCUCCGUCAUCAAACCUCUGAAUGAAGAGACGGCUGCAGAGCUUGGAGCAGAGUUGCUCGGUGAGGCUAUCAUUUUCAUCAUCGGGGGAGGCUGCAUGGUGUUUGAGUACAGCCGUCAGGCCACCAACUCCAGACGCAAGGAAGAGGAAUUCGCACAAACCAUUAACAACCUUCACACACAACUAGGAGAGCUUGCACUAGCCACAGAGACACUGGAUGCCCAGAUCAGAGCAGUUAAUAGACUUCUGUUGUCCCUCCCAGCGGCUCCAAGUACCUAAUAACAAUGUAAAUCACUAAAAUACCUUUUCUAAGAAGGGCAAAGAGACUGAUUUAUGAGAACAUAUCGGUAGUGGUGCAGCACUGCCAUAUAUAUACACACACACACACACACACAAAGUCUCGGUUAAGCCGUCCCACACACACACACAAGGAAAUCCCAGGCUAUAUAAACAAGGAAGGAUCGUGUGUGAUUAAAUGACUGGCCACCAGUAUAACACAAUUAAAGCUUCCUAUUCCUUUUUUGUUUGGUUGGAUGAUGCUGUUUUCAAUCGAAAGUUCUAGUUUUUUGAUGACACUGUUAAAACAAUGGCAACGUUUGACCACUUAUUAUUCUGCUCAUCAGUUUGGAGGUUAUUUCAGAAAAUUUUCUUCAUAUAAGAUGCUGAUGGAGUUGGGCAUUCAUCUUUUAUUAAUGAUUUGAAAAUGCACUUGAAUUUUUUAUACUUGAAUGACAAAUUCCAUAUGGUAAAUAUGGAUGUGUCCCUCAGUAUAGGAACAGGGAGCCCAUCUCUCCCAUUACAGUAAAUUACUGCUGUAUUUAAUAUGGCAUUUGUAUAUGGGUGUAUAUAUAUGAUAGUAAAAUAAAGUUAAAUAUUCU